AUGGACCUGCUGGAGUGUCCUCUCUGUCUCUUCCUGAUGUGCGAGCCGGUGACCAUGUCGUGCGGCCACACAUUCUGCCGGAGGUGCGUGGCGAGCUACCUCCCGUCCAAGUGCCCGUCGUGCCGGGAGAGGCUAAAACAAAGAGAGGUGAGGUGCAUGAAGAACAACGUGCUGCUCAUCAGCGUCGCGGAGAAGUGCUGCCCGGACGAGGCGAAGAUGAAGUGCCACAUACUGGAGAAGCUCAAGGCUGAGGAGUUCACAGAAGCUUUACGCAUCGCGAACGAGGGGCUAGACUUAGUCCCAGAAGAUCCUAGUUUGAAGAUGUACAGAGCUGAAGCUAACUGGGGAAUGAUGCAUUUCUCUGACGCUCUGAUAGACUUUGACUACCUCUGCUGCCUUCGUCCAAACUGGACCGAGGGCUUCUUUCGUAAAGGGAAUGUACUGCUUGAAAUGGGUCAGCAGACAGAAGCCCUUGUCCAGUUCCACCAUUGCCUAAAUCUACAAGCUGACUUUGGUCCUGCAAAGAGCCAGAUCAAGAAGAUCCUUGAGGCAGAGGGCGUGGCUGUGCCGGAGGAUGUGUCCUGCAUCUUGCAAGUGGUGUCCGAGUACCUGAAAGAGCCCUGCCCCAUUACAAGCCUCGGUGGCUCUCAGGGGCCAGCUCACACUGAGGGCCUCAAACAUAUGCAUGGGAGUGACAGAGAGGGGAAAGGGAGGAGAGAGGCACACCAGGGCUCCAAGGUGAAGCACGACCUGGGCACCGAGUGCUGCCUCAGCCUCUGCCAAGCUGUUUCCUUCCUUCCUGCUGCUGAAGAGGACGAGGAGAUGAUGAUGAGGAAGGAUGAUGGGCAUGGCAGGGGUGAAAGUAGUCACAGCAGAGAGAAGACUCUCGGUGUUCUCACUGUCUCAGACUUUGAGUGCCCUCUCUGCAUCAGGUUGUUCUUUGAGCCAGUCACUACCCCCUGUGGUCACACCUUCUGUAAAAACUGCAUAGAGAGGAGCCUGGACCACAACCUCCGCUGUCCACUCUGCAAGCAGCCACUGCAAGAGUACUUUAAAAACAGGAAGUACAACCCCACAGUUCUGCUUCAAGACAUCAUGACCCGACUUUUUCCAUCACAGUUGGCUGAGAGGAAGCAGGUCCAUGAGGCUGAGAUGGCCGAGCUGUCCAAUCUUACCAAGGACAUCCCUAUUUUUGUUUGCACGGUGGCGUACCCUGGAGUGCCCUGCCCUCUACACAUAUUCGAGCCUCGGUAUCGGCUAAUGAUGCGUCGCUGCAUGGAAACAGGCACCAAGAAGUUUGGCAUGUGCAGCUAUGAGCAUGGGAAAGGGUUUGCUGAUUAUGGCUGCAUGUUGGAGAUCCUCACUUUGGAGCUGCUGCCUGACGGGCGGUCCUAUGUAGACACAGUGGGUGGCAGCAGAUUCAGGGUGCUGAAGAGAGGUCAGAGAGAUGGAUACCACACCGCUGACAUUGAGUACCUGGAGGACCUCAAGGUUGAUGGUACUGAGCUUGAGCUUUUGCAGCAUCUCCAUGACAGCGUGUACCAGCAGGCUCAGGACUGGUACCAGCGGCUUGGCAGCCGCAUUCGCGAGCAGAUCAACAGACAGUAUGGCACAAUGCCAGACAAGGAGGAAAACAUUCAGGCCUCCUCCAACGGUCCAGCCUGGUGCUGGUGGCUGCUUUCUGUCCUCCAGCUGGACCCCGCCUAUCAGACCACCGUCCUGUCCCUGACCUCACUCAAAGACCGCUUGGGACACCUCCGCCUGGUCCUGGAGUACUUCUCUCAGAGUUAGAUCCCAUGGCUCAGCUGUAUUGUGGCCACAAUCAGCUCAGAGUCAAAUAUUGUGAAGGCAUGAAAUCAAGGACUUACACCACAUAAGUCCAGUUCUGGACUGUGAAUCAUGGAAGGACUGUCUUAAAAGUCACAGCUCAAGGUGAAAUCAUCUGGUCAGCAGCAGAAAGAUAGUAAUUUUUUUACUGAACACAGUUCAGUUGUUCAAAAAUAUUGCUGUUUGGGUUUUCAUAUCUUUCUCGCACCAUUUUCUUCCCGGGAAUGAAAGGUUUCAGAGUAGUUUCUUUGUACUUUCUGCAGCAGCAAGAGCUACAGGGCUGACCAAAGAUGCUUCUUAUUUAGGUCCAUUCAAAGUGGUGAAUUUUUAUUUGUGGUUUGACUCCUUCUUUCAAUAGCAUUACUGAAAAUAGACACUAGAUGUCACCAUUUCUAUCCAAUUAUGAAGAGCAUGAAGAACAUGCAGCAGCAGCCAAACUUGUACAGUUCACUGUACUUUCAUGAGAAGCCUGUUCAAACAGACUGUUUGCAUUGAUAGAGCUACAUUUGGGUUCAGACUAAACCAUGAUGACACACACAAUUUGUGGACAAGUUUUCAGGACUAUGCACAUAAGAGAACGUUUGUGUGCAAUCAUUUGGAAAUAGCUGAAGGGCACUAAUUUGCAAUGGUUACAUUUCUGUUGCAUCUUUUGGCCUUAGCAGCCAUAAACUAUGGCUCAUUUUAUACUAUUGAAAAAUCCUAAAAAGAUCCCUGUUUAGUGUUGGUAAUUAUUGCAAUAAUAAUUUAUAGUGUCACAUUGAAUGGCGGCAGCUGGAGGAUCCUUUUUGUAAUGAGUGAAAGCUGCUAUCAGCUAAAUGUUUGCUAUCAGCUGACAGAAACAAAGUUUUCUGUUAUGACAGUGAGGAGACGCUGCACCUGAACCAGACAUGGAGGUGGGCCAGCUUUGUAUUACACUAUGAAUCUGUGUGAUUAUGUAUGAUCAUGGAUGCAGCACUGUUUGUAUGUGUGCCAGCUGUAAAUACGGAGUCAUUUCUGUCAUUAGGUGAUUGUUUUGGUGUGGUUGUGUCCGCUCCCUCGAGGUGCAGUGAAGCAUCAGUCCCAGGCACCAGUCUUUAACAUCUCUAUAGCAGGGAUAUGCUGUAAAAAAACUGGGGUCUGACUAGGGCUAAGUCCUCCUGCGUUGCCUCUGUGUAGGCCUAAUCACCUACAUCUGGCCCCUACAUCUGUCUGGCCCCUCUACCACCAGUUGUUGGUGCCUUCGAGUGCCUGGGUCAGCUCACCAACAAGAAGUCUUAGAGUCUCCACACCACAUAGAGAAUGGGUUGUGUGAUUUCUUUCUUUUUUUUGCCAUUGAUUUUUAUUGAUAUAGUGCUACAUUCCAUGGAAUGUUGAAACUGCAAUGUAUAGUUAAUUUACUAACGAAUACGGGCUCAACUGGGUGAAACAAAAGAGCUUUUUUUUGUUUUUCUACUUUGAUAAAUGUGCCAUAGAUAUUUCUGUGUUCUGUAUUUUAAGGAAAUAGUCGCUGUGUUUAUGUCCGCAUCAUGGACUCUGAGGAACCCUCACACCUUUUGUAUGACGCAUGGUGAACUACCAUCCCAUCAUGGCCAACAUUUAACUUUGGAUAGUGAGAACUGGCCCAGCGAACACACUGCUAGAUACAGUUUGAACCUGCUAGUGUGAUAUUUUAGAUAUCGGUCUGAAUAAAAGGGGCAAUUCCAAGACUUUAUGCACAAAAAAAAAGUCCCACUAAAGGACAAGCGAAUGGAUGGUCUGAUGGAUACUGGGUUAGCAUUGAUUACCCGGUACACAAGCACUGAACUCUGACCUGGGAACUAACCCUUUACUUGAGACCUCAGUUAAUAUUGUGAAGUUUUGUUUGAGGCCAUGUUGGAUUGAGGUUGAACGUACCAGUUAUCACAGCAUGUCGCCAAAGCUAUUUCACUACAAGUGGUCAGUUUCUUGCUACCUGACACUGAUUAAAGCUCACUCAUAACAAAAGGGAUUGAGAUUUUUAUGGGACUUUUUAACGACCUGCCUCAUGAGCUUUUAGUGGAAGACAGAUAGUCCACUCCUUCCAAGGUGGAUUUCACUCCCUUGUCCUACUUCUUGUCAGAUGAGACCUCAUGUUUUUGCACAGUGAAAUCAUUUUUUCGGGUUUUGUUUUCUGAUCCUCACACAUGUUUAUUUUUUUGAGUCAUGGUUAUUUCUCUUUGUCACUUGUAUGGCUUAAAGGAGACCUAUCAUGCUUCUCAGUUGUUUUUUUUCCAGUAGUUUGUUAUGUUCUUGCGGACUUAAACAAUCUCCAAAGUUCAAAAAGGUCAAAGUGCGCACCAAGAGAAACUCUAUUCUCCCACAGAAAACCAUGCUCCUGAAACGCCUCAUCGGCAGUCCUUUAAUUCUGCGACUUUGUGACACCAAGCUUCAUCACCAUGUCACACAAUUGCGUAAAUCAUGCCUAGUGACUAGUUACACAUGUAAGAAUUGACUUGGCACAGCUGCUCUGUUGUUGUUAGCAGCACAGGCUCAGGCAUGUGCGAGCUGACCAAUCAGAGCAUUAUUUGUGAAGGGGGGGGGCCCUUAAAGCUUGAACAGAGUGACUCAGACAGAGGGGGGAUACAGAGCUGGCGCAUGUAAAAUUUAGUUAUUUUAGUAGUAAAUCAAUAUAAAAUGGUGAACCUGAAAAUUAGCAUAAUAUGUCUCCUUUAAAGAUGCCUUUCAUCAUGAUGAUCAAAGCAAAUGGUAUCAUAUCAAUUCACUGUAAAAAACAGAACUUUAGUGUCUGCACCAGUAUGUGAUUUGCUUCAUGAUUAAUUGCUAAAUAUGUUUAAAGAAACAAGUGAUUUCACUCCCAUAUUUUAGAUCCAACCACAAGCAUAUGAUCUUUUAACCGGUUCAACUUUGGUGCUGCUAAUGCACUGUAGCACAGUCAUGAUUCGUCCGAUUUAGAGUGCAGCUCUUUGCCCCUGCUUAAACCAGCAUAUGUCCACUAUUUGCAUUCUGAUCAGAAAAAGGUCCUAUGACACAGUCAAAACAAUUUGCACUGAAUCCACAUUGUCUCAAACUCAGAACAUGAGCGUAAUGAAUGACCCGUACGUUCCUGGCAGUGAUCCCCUGUGAGAGUGAGUCUUACACUCGCGCACUUGGGGAAAGGCUGUGAAAGGCAGCACGGUGGCAUGCUCUUGCUGUGUGCUGCAGCUUGCAGGAAACAUUGGCUGAUGUGGUCUGAUGGUCAGUGGUCUGUGGGCUGCAUGAGCGACAAAGUGUUGUUAUUCUUUACACCCUGUGCGUGCUUACCUCGAUGUUAGUAAUGAGUACAUUUGAAGCCCCUGAAACUAAAGCAAUUUCUAUCUGACUCAUUUGUAUUCAUUCCUCCGCCCUCCAAGCUAAGAGCAGUAAAUUAUCUUGAUCUGAUUAUUGUUUAUUUGCUUGCCCCCUGGAUGACUUUUUAAAUGUUAUUAUAAAUAAAAGCGUCUCAAGGCAAA